AAGAUUGUCGCCAUUAAUUCCGUCUUAGCUUGUUGUUCGUUGGGAGGUAAAAGAAUGAGUAGUGUUGGUGGGCCAUGCGGUGCAUGCAAGUUUCUGAGGAGGAAGUGCGUGAAGGGGUGCAUAUUUGCGCCGUAUUUCGAGUCUGAUCAACUAGGGACGGCCCAUUUCGCGGCGGUGCAUAAGGUGUUCGGAGCUAGCAACGCCUCCAAAAUGCUGAUGGCCAUUCCGGCCAACCGCCGCCUCGAAGCCGUCGUCACGCUGUGUUAUGAGGCUCUUGCUAGGGUUAGAGACCCCGUCUACGGCUGCGUUGGCCACAUCUUCACUCUUCAACAACAGGUGGUUAACUUGCAAGCAGAGUUAGCUUAUGUUCAAGCGCGUCUAUCAACCUUCCAGCAUCUUCCUCUAAUGGCACCACCGCCGGGAAUUUUACCCCUCGGCGACACCAACGUGGAUCUCCAGUCCUCAUGCGAAGCAGGACACAGCUCCGAUGUAUCAUUAUACAUUAAUCCACCACCACCACUACUAUCACCGGAACUAGACAUUACGGGAUUGUGCAGCGAGUUGGAUGAAGAUGUGGCUACUUCGGAUCUUCACAUGUUAGCUUGGGAGUUUGUGUCUAGGCACUUGCCAGGAGUGAGAUUCAGGCCUUCACAAUGA